AUGGCUUUCAUUACCAACAUUCGCGAAUUUCAAGCUCUCUUGGAUGGUUGUUCCUCGACCCACGAUUGGGAAUUAUUGCUGGAAUCUAUUUUGAUACGCGAUGAGUGGAUCCCAAUGGCGUAUGCUCGGCUGUCGGAACUCACAGCCCAAGAGAUACCGGUAAGUAUUCUAUUUCGUCUCUGAGUUCUUUCCUGAUGACGGUUUACGUUUAAUCUGUACGUUACCGAAGCGAGUUUAUAUUAAUCUUUACUUAACGUUCUACUCCACAGAUUGAAAUCAAUCAGGACACGGGUAGUGAUGAAGUCAGUAGUGAUGAAAUCGAGGAGAUGGAACGUAUGGCGCUAGAUAAGGUAACUCCAUUUCCUUUUUAAUACGCAACGUACAUGAAUUGUUUAGUGAUGAAACAACAUUACGAAUCUCCUUAUUCGUUCAAUGCCCACCUAUUUCUUUAAAAUGAGCCAGAUUUCAAAACCUAAAGUAAUCUGAUUUCUUCUCUUCUUAUCUAGAAUAACAACGAGUCGGCACCGUUAUCAGCGCAAGAUACACGGGAUAAUUUUUUUGAUGAGGUAAGCAUUCAUGAUCAUAAAAUUAUUUUUCUUUCACGGAAUUAAGUUUGCACUAUUAAUUGUUCAAUCACUCAUGUGUAUAUUUCUGUUGUUCAUUUUCAGUGGACUGGCGAAACCAGUGAAUUACCCACUUGGAACCCGUCGGAAACCGUAAGUCAUCUUUCAUGUUUACUUGUUUAG